GCGAGCUAGCGAGUCCGACAAAAUAAUUCUAUUCACAAAAAUACUUAGUAAUAUUUUCCCGCGCAAUAUCGUUGCGUUAAACGUCAAAAUAUUUUUUUUAUUUUUUUUCGAUCCUCAUUAUACUGAUAUUCUCGUUAACAUCAAGAAUGUUAGUUUUUGUUUUAUUUAUUUUGUUUUGUGAAUGUGCAUUUGGACAUGAUACCGCGGUUGAAGUCGAUACUUUGGACGGAGUAGUGCGUGGGUACAAAGAGGGAAAUAUCAACUACUUCCGUGGUAUUCCUUACGCUCAAGUUGACGAAAACAAUCCGUUUGCGGACGCCCAUCCUUACCCGCACUUCGACGAACCGUUCGUUGCAUACGACGACUCAGUAAUAUGUCCUCAAUACUCAGGUGGAAUAAAAGGCAGCAUCCAGUGCUUACGAGUCAACGUAUACACGCCACAUGAUGCCCACCCUGGACAACCACUACCCGUCAUGGUAUUCUUACACGGAGGAGGAUUUUAUGAAGGCAGUGGAUCAAGUAAAGAUUGGACUCCAGACUUCCUUGUCAAACGCAAUAUAAUCCUAGUCACUGUGAAUUACAGACUGGGCCCAUACGGCAACCUCUGCAUACCAAACACUAAGUACAAUAACCAAGGACUAAAAGACCAGGUGCUAGCUCUAAAAUGGGUCAAACGAAACAUUGGAAAAUUCGCCGGUGAUCCCAAUAAUAUAGUCUUGUUCGGUCACAGCGCCGGCUCUAUAUCUGCCGAUUUACACUUAUUGUAUAACAACGAGGAUUUGUUUAAUAAAGUUAUAUUACAAAGCGGACAAGCUGUGACUACGCUCAUAAAUGACGGUACGCCCUAUAAAACGUAUGCCAAAGACAUCGGUAUGUCUGACGAGAAUAUCGAUGUAGACCGUUUCAUUCAAAAAUUGUCGUCUAUAAACGUGGACACGUAUAUAAAUAAUACAAAACAUUAUAAUUUCCGUCCCUGCAUCGACGGAAACUUUAUAACAAGUGUACCACCAAGGAAAAACAAACAAAAUAUAAAAAUAAUGGUCGGCGCCACAGAUAAAGAAAUGCUAUUCUUAUAUAGGGAUGUGACAUCGUUUAAAAGUUUUGAUUUUAUAACGGAACUGGACAGAGCUUUUACCGAAUCAGUGGUAAAUGAAAAAAAUAUUGAUAUGAUUAAAGAAAACUAUGAUAUAAAACAAAAAAACGAGGAUAAAUUAAAGGAUUUGACGAUAGAUUUUGGUUCAGAUUUGUCGUUUAAUUACCCAACGGAGAGGAGCAUUAGAUAUUACUUACAGAAUAAUGCCACAGUGUAUAGAUACGUUUUCAAAUACGAUGGUGAUAGAAACUUCGUGAAGAAACGCGAACACAUCACGUGGCCGGGCGCUACACAUGGGGACGAGUUGGGAUAUCUAUUCGACAUCAUGUCUUCUAACAAAAUCACUGAUUUACAUGUCGUCGACUGGAUCUGUCUGUUGUGGACGAAUUUUGCUAAAUAUGGCAACCCGACGCCGCCACCAACUUCACACGAGCUGCCGAUCACAUGGCCUCCACUCACUGCCACUACAGACAACUACCUGCAGAUAGACAAACACCUAUCCAUUGUGAACGGACCUUACAAAGCCAGGAUGGCAUUCUGGGACUCUUUCUAUCAACAACACGGACAAUAUGCUAAAGGAAUCAGUUUGGCGUAGCAAUGGUGUAUUAUAUAGUGUAAUAUAAAUAUCUUCUUCUUCCUAGUCGAUUCCCUCACUGCUAAGGAUCGUGACUACCUCUGAUUUUGCUCACUAGAUGUCGCCACUUAUCUCUUUCAUGGGUAUCUCCAACUCCUUGGAUAUUUGGUUAGACCACCGUGUGGGACUCCGGCCUCUCGGUCUCUUUUCUUCUACUUUAGGGAUUGGACUAUUUCUACUUAAUGUAUAUUUUCUGUAAUUGUAAUUUGUAAUCUGUAAUAAGUGUGUGAGAGCCAUGCUUCAACACGAAUGGGCCGGCUCGACCGGAGUGAUACCACGGCCUCACUGAAAACCAACGUGAAGCUACGCUUGCUUACAGUAUUGGAACAUGUAUCAGAGACAUUGUAGAACAUACUUUAUUGAAAAGAGUAACGAAUGGAGUUUCUUGCUCGUUCUUCUCCAU